CCCUCUUCUCUCUCUCUCUCCUCUCCCCCUCCCUGUUUCUCUCUCUGUUUCUGGCAGCCUGCUGCCUAUCUUGUACUUCAAAUAUAAACACCAGAAAAUUAGCUAGAUAUUCUCUAAAUCCCUCUUCUCAGAAGAUUCCUUUGGCUCAAGAAAGAAAGAGAAAACAAGACACACAAUUGUGAUGGCCAAGCCUGUGCUUUACUACUUCAAUUCACGGGGCAGGAUGGAGUCCAUCCGGUGGCUCUUGGCUGCAGCUGGAGUAAAGUUUGAAGAGAACUUGGUGAAAACUCGAGAAGACAUGAAAAAGUUAAUAAAAAAUGGGAGUUUGAUGUUCCAGCAGGUGCCCAUGGUGGAGAUCGAUGGGAUGAAGCUGGUGCAGACCAGAGCCAUUCUCAACUACAUUGCUGCCAAAUACAACCUCUAUGGGAAGGACAUAAAGGAGAAAGCCCUAAUUGAUAUGUAUUCAGAAGGUGUGGCAGAUUUGAAUGAAAUAAUUCUUCAAUACCCCUUCCUUCCACCUGGGGACAAAGAUGAAAGCCUUACUCAGAUCAAAGAGAAAUCUAGAAAUUGUUAUUUUCCUGGCUUUGAGAAGGUGUUAAAGAGCCACGGAGAAGACUACCUGGUUGGCAACAGGCUGAGCAAGGCUGACGUUCUCCUCACUGAACUUCUCUACCACACAGAAGAGCUGGACUCCAGCAUUCUGGCCAACUUCCCUCUACUGAAGGCCCUGAGAACCAGAGUCAGCAACCUGCCCACAGUGAAGAAGUUUCUGCAGCCUGGCAGCCAGAGGAAGCCCUUUGAAGAUGAGAAAUUUGUUGAAGAAUUAAAGAAGAGUUUUGGUUAAAUAAGGCUGGACAUUCAAAAUCAAUAUUCUAUAUUUUUGUAACAAUGAAAUGCUUUGCCUAAAUGUUGAUACUGAUUACUGUGAAUCUAAAAAGGUUUUCCAAAGUUAAUGUACUAAUUCAGUUAGAAAUGAGCUAUGCAGAAUUCUUUGCAAUCCAAUCUGUUUGUUCUUGAUGAAGUCUGAAAUCCUGAUCACCUCCUAGGAUAUCUCCUUGAAUUUAAAUAAAAAAGAGAAUAUAUCCAAAAAUUGUCAUAUAACAUCUGUCAUAUACUAUGUCAAAGAAAAUUAUGUAGAAACUUUCAAACCAUAUUUUGAUCUUUGCAAAAAUGUUCUUUCCUUUUGUGUUUUGUUUCCUUUCUCACCCAAAUAAAUAAAUUUUGUAAAGAAUCA